AUGCAGUUUCCUCUUGAGCCCCCCACCCCUCUCUUCGCCGCUGAUGAAUCUUCUUCCGCUCCACCAUCUCCCCGCGCAGACAGCACCACCCUCUCAAAGGACGUCUCCCUUUCUGUCAAUUAUCUACCUAACAAGUUUGCUUCUGGCUUGCUCUCUCCCACUCCUCGCAGACGUAGACCAGGGAAGGCCAAUGAUGACCAUCCCGCCAUGCACAAGAGAGGCGGCGGUAGGGAGGCCUUCAAGAGUGGUGAGGCACGCAUGCCCGCAGAAGGCGAUGAAGACUAUGACGGCGUCACCGGUGGUUGGUUCGGUGGCAAAGAAGGUGGUCACACCCGUCCUCACAUGCACUGGAACAGGUUCAAAUGGGCACUCUUCAUUGCCAAUCUUGCAUUAUCCAUAUACGGCCUUGCGGGUCUAAUUUUCUGUCUCCUUACAUGGUUUGACGUCUUCGAACACGCAGACAUCAUUCGCGUAGGCAACCGAACAGAACUCGUUUUCUCCACAGCCGCUGCCGUCCUUGCCUCACUUACUUCCAUAAUCGGAUGGGCUGGCAUCCUCCUCAAUAACCGCUCUUUCCUAGCAGUUUACACUUUCACUCUCUGGCUUUGCUUUGCCCUCCUCGUCACCCCCGGCUACAUGACCUACAAACAACGUACAUUCAACCUCGAAGGCAAGCUAAAUUCCCACUCCAUUGCUGUGGAUAUUACUCCCCCUUCGUCGAAGCUACUGUCUCCCAAAGCUGUUACGCCCGCUCCAGUCCUCCCGGGGUGCAAAGAGGCAUACGUCAACUUUGAGAAACACGCCUUGGACUUCUGGUACACUAUCGCUUUCUCCCUGGUGCCGCUCCAGCUCGUAAUCAUGCUCGCUGGUCUCUUGUGCUCAAACCACAUAACCUACCGCUUCGGUAAAGGCAUGAUGCCCAAGGCCUAUAGGCUCAGCAUGGCAAGUAUGGCUGUCAUUAUGGAUAAUUAUGCCAACCAACUGGCGGAACAAUACGGCACCGAAAUCGCAUCCGAUAUCUUAGCGCGGUCUCGGCACCUUGAUUCUGUGACAUACGCCUCCGGCGUUGCGAACGGGACAGGCACAACAUAUGCACUUUCUCAAGGCAGGUACGAUUCACUGGCGGUGAAGUCGCCCUACACCGAGAGAAUAUGA